CGCAACCACAGCACCUCGCAGCAUGGCCUUUGUCGUCACUGCCACCGACGCGCUGAAAAUAGCCUGCGAAACCACGCCCAUGACACACGAGCGCAAGCCCCGAGCCGGCCGGCCGCGCCGCAAACCCGCCGCCGACCGAGACAACCAAGCCGACGCCGGCCUCGCAAACGACUUGGCAUCGCUCAAGGUAUCGCCCUCGUCGUCGACGUCGACAGCGUCCUCGACUGCCUCGACUUCAACCUCAUCCACGAAGCCGGGCAAGAAGCGUCCGCCCAAGGCGAAGCCCACUACAGACGACGCGCCUCCCGUCGCGCGCGCCCUCAACGCCAAUGAAAUGAUGCUCAUGCAAUCGCUCAUGGGCAGCUUUGGCGCCAGCACUAUCGCUGGCGACAACAUCAGCAACAACAACCACAGCCACAGCACGGACGACAACGAGCAGCAACCCGUAAUUGAAACUGUGGCCAAGCCACCGAGCAAGAAGGCUGCCAAGUCGUCGUCGGACCCCGUGGACAAGCGCGAUUUUCUCUUUAGUGGUCUACCCGUCGCCGUGCGCAGCCAGCUGCAACUCGACGACGUGGCCCAGUACAGCGUGACGGACAUGAAGACCGCCGCGCGCAUCUCGCACUUCAUCAUGACACUGCCGGGCUUGACGCCCAACAGCGUCAUCACAGACGCGACCGCGUGCGUCGGCGGCAACACGGCGUCGUUCUGCACAUUCUUCCGCUACGUACAAGCCGUCGAAAUUGAUCCGACGCGCUUUCGCAUGCUUGUCCACAACAUGCACGGCGUGCUCACCUUUGUCAACAUCCAGUGCUACUGCGCCAACUACGUCGACGUUGCGCAGCAGUUCCUUCAAGACGUCGUCUUCAUCGACCCGCCGUGGGGCGGCCCCGAGUACCGGACGCGGUCGACGGUCGACCUGCACCUUGGCGAGACGCCGCUCGCCGACCUCUGCGAGCGGCUCGUCGGGCGCACGCAGUAUGUGGUCAUCAAGGUGCCGCAGAACUUUGACAUUGAACGCUUCACGUUCCGCGUCUCGGGCACGGUCAGCUACAUUACCCACUUUCGCAAGAUGGCCAUGGUCGUCGUCGACUACCGCUUCGUCACCGACACGGACGACGGCAACCAAGCGUCGACGGACGUCAACAACGGCACGGACGAUGCGCAGGCCACGUAGCAUGACGUGUAAAGCCAUGCAACACGAACGUCUGAAUCACUCUGCGACGUGGCUCUAUACGCAAAACGAUGCAAAAUGAAUAGACUCUGCGGCGG